AUGAACACACUACACAGACGAGGAAGUCUGCCCUAUGGAGAACUAUUGAAGACCGAGUCGACAGUUACAAAUACAGCGCUCGACGUUGUACGGACAGAGGGAGAUGAUGCUUCUGGAUUCCAGGCGGUUGGGCUAUUUGAAUACCUGGAUACCGACGACCGACCCAUAUUCGCCCUCGAUUUGAAGUCACCAACGAACAAGAUCCCGGUGUAUCAAAAUGCGGCUCUCAGAAAACUUCAAGUCAUCGGGGGAGGGGAUGGACAUCAAAACACAGACCACGCAGUUGUUGAUGCACAAUCAGGAUUUCUGCUGGAUUGGGCAGUGUCGUUUCCCGACGCGACCAACAUUCCCCCUUCAAGCCAUUGGGGCAUCCGCUGGACAGGCAGGACUCUGAGGAACAAGUGGAGAAUUAUUACAGGAAAUGUAACUACGCUCUCCCCCGACAGUUCUCAGAGGCAUUCCCAAACCGAUUCCUCCUUAUCGCGCCGAAGCAGAUCUCCUUCCAGGACGGAGAGCACAGGUGGACGAGGGUCAAAUGCGAGCUCCAUUUCAAAGGCGUCGUUAGAGAAACAUCUGGCGGCUUUCAGCAUCGAUCAAGGAAUUGACAAUAUUGUACGCCGAACAGCCCAGCAUGAGGAGCGGCAACCCACCGAAACCUCCCAUUUGAUGGAAACCACCGGGACAAUGGACGGUAUUGGACCGUUCGACAUCACCAGGCCAAACAGUGCGGGCGAUAUAUCUCCACAUGUACAAUUCUUCCUCGAUUUCGAUUGGGCCUCAACCGAACUUGGUCCAAUCAGUUCAUGGUCACUGGAGCUCCGACGGAUGUGUAAUUACUUGAUGGCUGAUCCUCGACCUGCGUCAAUGUUUUGGGGCGAACAGAAGAUCAUGAUGUACAACGAGGCUUACGUCCAUGUCACCGGCGACAUGCAUCCGGGGAUGAUGGGGAAGGAGUUUUUGGAUGCCUGGGGGGUGGUCGCGGGAGACUUUACAGCCCCAUUCGAAAAAUCUGCCGUGACUGGUUGUGGGUUCAGUAUCGAUAAUGCUCGCUUCAACUUGGUCAGACAUGAAUAUCUUGAGGAGAUAUACUACCACAUUUCUAUGGUUCCAAUUCAGCUCGGGCAGGGGCAGACAGCAUAUUACAAUCCUGUUAAUGACACUACACGACAAGUACUUUCAGAUCGCAGAAUGGCAUUUCUACUCCUCCUUGGCCGAGAACUUUCGGCUGCUACAGAACCAAAAGAUUUCUGGUGGAUACUUUUACAAUGCUUGGGAGUCAAACAUCUAGACCUGCCUUUUGCUGCGCUCUACUCCGCUGGAUGCACUAUCCAUGAAACCUUAUUUGAAUCAUCAGACCAAAGUCACGCCCUCAAGAAUUGGUCACUAGAAGGCCUCGUAGAAAUACCGGAACGCAACUCGCCUGUUCCUCGCAGGUUUGGUGCUUGUGAAAAAAUCGAGGAAUUCCUACCCAACUUUCCAGAGCUCAUCAAGGCAAACUCACCGACCCUUUUGUCAUUGGCAGACGGGUCUUUGCCAAAAUGUAUAGCUGAUAAUUUGAGGACAGAAGAUGGUAUCGUGCCGUUUGAAGCUGCCGUGUUUUUGCCAAUCAAAUCGACAUCUGACACCACUCUCGGGUUCUUAAUCUUGGGAAUUAAUCCCAUGAAGAGGUUCGAUGAUGAUUAUCAAUUAUUUAUCGAUCUACUGAGUAGGCAACUUGCCACCAGUAUCGCUGCCGCCGUUCUCUUCGAAGAGGAGACCAGUCGAAGUAAAUUAGCAGCUGAAAAAGCUACCAUAGACCGAAAUGAAAUAUCAAAAGAACUCGACAACCAGAAGCACGUAGCGAUUGAGAUUGAAAAUCGAUUUCGUAAUAUGGCCGAUCUUGCUCCUACUGGGAUGUUUCAUAUCGACACCCAAGGAGUGCUUGUUUAUGCAAAUAACGAAUACUAUGCACUCACGGAGCACCCGAAAAACGUAUCAUAUCCGAUGAGCUGGUACUCUAUCAUCUUAGAAGCAGAUCACCCCACGAUGGACGUUUAUUGGGCAAAGCUGUUAAGUGGAGAAGAAGUAAACUUCGAACUGCGACUAAAACGACCCUUUGUGACCGAAGAAGUUUUUGCUGGGGAAAAGAUUACGGGCCCUACCUGGAUCAUCGCCGCCGCUUAUGCCGAAAAGAAUCCAGCUGGUGAGGUCACGGGAGUAUUAGGUACCAUAACGGAUAUCAGCAGAGUUAAAUGGGCCGAGGGGUUUCAAAAGACGAAAAUGCUGGAAGCUGUCGAGAUGAAGAGACAACAAGAGAAUUUUAUCGAUAUGACUUCACAUGAAAUGAGAAACCCACUUUCUGCAAUAAUAAUGUCGGCUGACUGGAUUGGUAAUCUCUCCGAAUUCGACGGUGGCGGUAAAGACGUUGUCGUUCCACGAGAAACUAUCGAUUCCAUCGCAGAUGCUAGUAGCACAAUUUUGCUAUGCGCGCAACAUCAGAAACGUAUCAUUGAUGAUAUUUUGACUUUAUCUAAGCUUGAUGCGGAUCUACUUUUCAUCGCCCCUAUAGAGGCCCAGCCUGUGGCUGUUGUGCGCGAUGCGCUGAAGAUGUUUGAGGGAGAGCUACACAAAGCGGAUUUGACUCUUCGAUUUAUUGUUGAAGAGUCAUAUACGAGACUUUCUGUUGAUUGGGUCAAGCUGGACCCUAGUCGAGUCAACCAGGUCUUCAUUAACUUGAUCUCAAACGCGAUCAAAUUUACCUCAACGGAAGAAAAGAGGCAGAUCGUCGUCAAAGUUGGGGCUUCAACCGAACCACCAAAACCAAAAAACGAUCUAGAAUUCCUUCCGAAAUCCCAUAAUACCUCAAACGAGAUCUUGUCGUGCGGAACCCCGGACCAAACAAUUUAUUUAUCCAUCUCGGUGCAGGACUCCGGGCGAGGUCUUGAUGAAAAUGAAAAGAAUCAACUUUUCAAGAGAUUCUCCCAGGCAUCUGUCAGAACCCAUGUUCAGUAUGGUGGUAAUGGUCUCGGUCUAUUCAUUUCUCGUCGUCUGACCGAGAUUCAAGGAGGACAAAUAGGUGUAGCAUCCGCAGCCGGAGUUGGCAGCACAUUUGCUUUCUAUAUCCAAACACCACGCUGUGAUGCGCCAGAACGGACCAGUCCAAGGCUAAGCCCUGUUGAUAUCGACGCUCACACGAAGCUCAUCUCCCCCGCCGUCAUAGCCAACAUAAGGAAAAGCCCCCUGCCCAAAGUUCACGAAGGUCGGAUCUUAGAAAUCCCAGCCGCUCCCAAACACGUCCUAGUCGUCGAAGACAACCUGGUUAACCAAAAGGUUCUCUCCAAACAACUCCGCGCAGCAGGCUGCAUCGUCGCGGUCGCCAACCACGGCCGCGAAGCCCUCGAAUUUCUGCAAACCACGCAUUUUUGGACCGGUCUCGAGGACGAAGGCGUUAAGCUUUCUAUUGUACUCAUGGACCUCGAAAUGCCUGUCAUGGACGGUCUCACGUGCGUCCAGAAGAUUCGAGAACUUCAAAAAGAGGGGAAGAUGACCAGUCAUGUCCCGGUUAUUGCGGUCACGGCGAAUGCGAGGAGCGAGCAAAUUGCGAAUGCGAAGGAACAUGGCAUGGAUAGUGUGGUCACGAAACCCUUCCGUAUUCCUGAGUUGUUGCCGGAAAUGGAUAGGGUGUUGAGGAGGGCGAGGGGGGAGGAUAGACCGGUUGUGGGGGAGAGGAGUGUUAGUGCGCCUGCUUGA